CCUAGUGGAACAAUUGCCCUAUUUAUCAGUAUAUUCAUAUAUCCAGACCCAUAGCCUUUCAUUGUAGUGCAACAACUGCAGGGGCUGCUGCUGCUUUCUUUAUCCCACCCCUCCUAACAGGGGCCUCAUCUCAUCUUAACUGUGGCCCUGUUAUUUGGAAUAAUUGCCCAUGGAAUAGCUGUCUUUAUUGGCAUUGUCUGUGUGAUAUGGCAGCUCCUUCCCAGGAGAGCAAACGGCCGGUGUUGGUGCUUCAGAACGAUGGGCUGUACCAGCAGAGGAGAUCCUACACCAGUGAGGAUGAAGCCUGGAAGUCCUUUCUUGAAAACCCCCUCACGGCGGCCACCAAAGCGAUGAUGAGCAUAAAUGGAGAUGAAGACAGUGCAGCCGCCUUAGGCCUUUUAUAUGAUUAUUACAAGGUUCCCAGGGAAAGGAGGCCGUCGGCAGCAAAACAGGAGCAUGAUCAUGCGGAUCAGGAGCACAACAAAAGGAAUGGUUUGCCUCAGAUCAAUGAACAAGCCCUGCUUUCAGAGAACAGAGUGCAGGUACUGAAAACAGUGCCCUUUAACAUUGUGGUACCCCUGGCCAACCAGGUGGAUAAAAGAGGUCACCUGACCACGCCAGACACUACAGCCGCAGUCUCUAUUACGUCACUACCGGCUCAUCCCAUCAAAACUGAAUCCCAGAGCCAUUGCUUCUCUGUGGGCCUUCAGAGUGUGUUCCACACGGAACCUACGGAAAGGAUUGUCACCUUUGAUCGAACUGUCCCUUCUGACCACUUCACAUCUAACAGCCAGCCACCUAACUCCCAGAGGCGCACCCCAGACUCCACAUUCUCUGAGACAUACAAGGAAGAUGUUCCAGAGGUUUUCUUUCCACCUGACCUGAGCCUACGAAUGGGCAGCAUGAAUUCUGAAGACUAUGUUUUCGAUUCUGUUGCUGGGAAUAAUUUUGAAUAUACCCUUGAGGCAUCAAAAUCCCUUAGGCCUAAACCUGGGGACAGCACUAUGACGUAUCUGAACAAAGGCCAGUUUUACCCUAUAACCCUAAAGGAGAUUGGCGGCAACAAAGGAAUACACCAUCCAAUCAGUAAAGUCCGGAGUGUGAUUAUGGUUGUGUUUGCUGAUGACAAAAGCAGAGAGGACCAGCUCCGCCAUUGGAAGUACUGGCAUUCACGGCAGCACACAGCAAAGCAGCGAUGCAUCGACAUAGCCGACUACAAAGAGAGCUUUAACACCAUCAGUAACAUUGAGGAGAUUGCGUACAACGCCAUUUCUUUUACCUGGGACCUGAACGAUGAAGGAAAGGUGUUUAUAUCUGUGAAUUGCCUGAGUACAGACUUCUCCUCCCAGAAAGGAGUGAAAGGGCUGCCGCUGAACCUCCAGAUUGACACGUACAGCUAUAACAACAGGAGUAACAAGCCUGUGCACAGAGCCUACUGCCAGAUUAAAGUAUUCUGUGACAAGGGGGCAGAACGUAAAAUAAGAGACGAGGAACGCAAACAGAGCAAGCGAAAAGGCAAGUGUUCUGAGCCCAGCUCCCAAAUCAAUACUUUCCAGGAUGUUAAGGUUGGGCUUCCUCCAUCUCACAAGAGGACAGAUAUCACUGUGUUUAAGCCUAUGAUGGAUCUGGACACUCAGCCAGUCCUGUUUAUCCCAGAUGUGCAUUUUGCCAACCUCCAACGCACGACACAUGUUCUUCCCAUAGCACCUGAGGACAUGGAAGGAGAAUUGAGCAGCCCCGGAAUGAAGAGAGUGCCCUUCUCCCCCGAAGAGGAUUUCACUGCACCCCCUGCUAAGCUGCCCCGGGUGGAUGAACCAAAAAGAGUUUUGCUGUAUGUCAGGAGGGAGACAGAGGAAGUUUUUGAUGCUCUAAUGCUCAAGACACCAACACUGAAAGGGUUAAUGGAGGCUGUCUCUGACAAAUAUGAAGUCCCCAUUGAAAAAAUUGGAAAGAUUUUUAAAAAAUGUAAAAAGGGAAUCCUGGUCAACAUGGAUGACAAUAUAAUUAAGCACUACUCCAAUGAAGACACAUUCCAACUACAGAUUGAAGAGUCAGGCGGCUCCUACAAACUGACACUUACUGAGAUUUAAGAGUUCACUGGAGGUCCCUACAGACCUACACUUAAACCAAUAAGUGACUUGCUUUGGGGGAAAAGUCAGGCUUGGUUAUAUAAGCUGAACCAUUGACCACAGCCUCCGACUGCUUCAUGGACCUUGCAUGCUGGGAGAAACCAAGUCCUGUCAAUGUCAGAACAGCUUACCCACAAGUGACCAAUCACAAUCAGACUGAGAAUAUUGAGUGAGUGGGAGUUUUGCUCAAACGGGUUGCAGGUAACUCUGGCAGGAAUGCGAAUAGGAUGAGCUGGUUGACAAGAGACCUUAUCAGCUAUUGGGUAUUGACCCAACCAGGAAGUUGCAUUUCUUUGGAGCAGCAAUUAAUGACAUACUACAAAUAUGAACUUCUAAUAUGCAUUAGAUUGUGUCUCUGUAGAGAAACCAAGCCAAGUCAAGCUUGCAGUUCAAUCUAUCCUUCUCUUAAUCUAUUAAAUGCCACCUGUGCAUGGCAGAAUGGGGCACACUCGGCCCUUACUCUGCAACAUCUUGCAGUGCCAGGGGAGCCAAGGCUGAUCCUUUUAUCUAUUUAAUUGACAACUGCCUUAUAUGUGAAGAACAAAAAAUGUGGGUUUUGUUGUGCAACCUGGUGGCCAUGAAGCUGCAUUGUAAAUAGAAAGUGCAAUACAUUUUUUUUGUAUUUGUAAAUGUGUAAAUAUAUUUUCAUAUUCUUCAUAAAUAAUAUAUAGAAGUUUUGGGAUAUGUAUAUAGGGCAUAGAUAGUCAAGCUCUUUAAUAAGGUUACCAAAAAGAAUGCCUUCUGGGAAAUUCAUAUUUUUUCAUUGGGGGGAUGGAAUCUGCCUGGUCAGUCUCUUCCCUUGAGCUGGUGUAUGUGCCAGUGGUUUAGGCAGCCCUACUGUGCUGAGGCUCAUAGAAUCUCCUCUUAACCAUCCACUGGGAACCUCGGCCAUCGGAACUCUAAAGCUUUGGCAGGGUCUUCCUUGUAUCUUUUCCCUUGAAUUAAUUUUAAACUGUAUCUAGUGAUGUCCACUAUGUAUGGCAUUCGUCUUAUUAAAUUAUUUUGGGGGUGGUGGGAAGGGGCUUUUUAUCUUUCCUCCUUUUAUAGAGUAAAGGCAAAAAAGGGGUGGCAAAGAUCACUGUAAAUGGAAUUUUAUGCACUCUGUGAAAUAGAUUUCUGCUAUAAUAAUCAUGGACAACACCAGCCCAUAAACCUAAUGUUUAGAUUUGGCUUCACCUGAAUGACACCAGCAACCUCUUGUGCUUCCGAUUAGGCCAUAUAGAAGAAUGUAUAGGCUGCCAAGCUGGACUCUGAAAGUAUCACUGUCGGAACAGGUGGCUUGGGGGAAUUCUUGUGUUUAUGAAGUACCUAUAUUUCUAUUUCCUGCUGUCACAGAAGCCAUAUCUUGCGGGUUUUACAGGUAUAAGAGAUCCUUGCUACAAGUUGCUCUUUUAUAUGAGAGUAUUUUGCAGUGAUCAUUAUUUGCUAAGUAUGGUAUUGGCCAAUCAAAAGCAGUGUUCCCAGGUAGGACAUAUGUUUUGCCACCCAUUUCGCCCCCCAGGUCUUGUCAGCUGUGAGCCUGUCGUGGAUAAACCCACCGGUGGAUCAGCGCGGUGAUGCUUAUACCGGAAAAUUGAUUUAUGUUACCAAAACACCAUAACUAAACCCUUUUUGGCUCAUCAAACACAUUAAAGCUUUCCAUAAAACCCUCUCACACAGGGGGAACUGUAUAUUAGAUGACAAGACUGACUUGUUUGCAAAGAGAACCUUUACAGGAUAUGUAUAAAAUGGUACAUUUAAAAACUGGGAAUAUUGCACUUUUGAGUUCCAGGUGCAAAGCCAAUGUAAUAUAUUCACUUAUUUUUAAUGCAAAAUGUUUUGUAAUUGUAUAUGAAUAUAUUUUAUAUAUUACGUUUACGACAUUGUAUGGUUUUUUUUGUAACUUUCUUGAACUUCAGGGAUAGAACUUAAAAAUGUUCUAAAAAAAAUGAAAAAACCCCAAAAAGUUUUCUUUUACAUUUUUCCAAGCUGCAUUAACUUAGUACGGAAGUCAGGAAUGGCUGGUGAGCUAUGUAGGUACUACUGGUAGGGCAGGAGGGUUCCAAUAGCAAUUAGUAACAGUAACAGUUACUUUCAGUGGCCUAAAUGGGGCUUAUCAACACUGGGCUAAUUUACCCAUUGCAACCAAUCAGAUUUUGGCUUUUUUUUUUUUUAGCCAGCUGCAGAUAGAAAAAUGCAAAAAAAAUUUGCCCAGUGUUGAUUUGCAGUGCAGAUUUUUUUGUGGGCAUGUAUAAACCCAAGGGAAGCAAAUGCAUGGCAAUAUGGUAACUGGUCAUGUUGCUUUUUAUUAUUAAUGGCAUGUCUUUGCAUCUGAUACUUGAAGACUGGGAAUAAGAACAAGAAAACUGAUCAUUUUUCUGGUUUUAUGACCAGCAUUGAUACACGGAUAUCUGAGCAGUUGGCGGGGCUUCUGGGUGUUUUUUUGGGUAAACUCAUGAGCUUGGGGUAUCUGGGGCUCUGUAGUCUUAGCAAAUACAUGUAUAUAGGAAGGUGUUUCAUGUUCUAUUUUUAUUGGUUCUGUAUAAAUUUUAACUGGCAAAAAUACAUUUUUAUAUUCCUGUUU